UCUUCAACUACUACUAGUAUUACUACUACUUCAUCAAAGGAUCCUCAAAGUAUAGCAGCAAAGAAUCGAAGGGAGAGGAUCAGUGAGAGACUCAAAAUUUUACAAGAUUUGGUGCCAAAUGGAAACAAGGUUGAUUUGGUGACCAUGUUAGACAAAGCCAUUAGCUAUGUAAAGUUUCUUCAACUGCAAGUGAAGGUUUUGGCAACUGAUGAGUUUUGGCCAACUGAAGGAGGAAAGGCACCAGAGAUUGGACAAGUGAAGGAAGCCAUUGAUGCAAUAUUAUCUUCUUCUCAAAAGGAAAAGGACUCUUAUAAGUCUAAUUAA